AUGGCUUCCGGCCGUGAUGUCCUCAACGUGCCGGAGCUUCUGGAGGCGAUGCCAGCGUGUGCUGUGCCACCGGAAGUUGAAGCAAUUCUGCUUUCCAUGGGGUACCCAGAGAUCCGCCGCUGCACGAAGCACAAGGUAAGCUUUCAUGCUACUUACUUCCUGGACUUCGCCGGGCCACUUCCUUCGGGCGCAGAGGGACGCGCGGUCCUUCAGAUGAUUGGAUCCGAGCUGGGGGACAAAGAGCUCUUCCACUUGCAGAAGCCGAUCAGUGCGGAGUCCAUUGUCCGAGCAACUGCGCUGGCCCAGGACGCUGGCAUCCGCGUGCCGCAGAUCCUGGCCAGUGGAAAGGUGGAGUCCUGGGGGCCGCUUUCCGACGUACCUUUCCUUGUCUACGAGUUUGUGAACACAGCCACCGUGGAGGAUGAGCGGGUUGCACCCGGCAAGGACUUGCGGCUGGCCAUAUCCGACGUGCAGGAGAAGCUCAAAUGCCUUAGCCUAGCAGGCGUCAACACCGAGCCGUUGCCCCGUUUUGAGGAUUGCUUCGAGUUCACAGCCUACCUGCGCCAACUCGCAGAACAGAUCCAGGCACCGGAUCUGGUUGAAGCUUUGCUGAACAUGGAUCGCAGCCUGCGCACAGCAGGCAUCACGCCAAUACCGCCCACGCUCAUCCACCAGGAUUUGAAUGACGGCAAUGUCCUCUGCUCGCCUGAUAGCAGCGGGCAGUGGAAGUUCGAUGCCCUCAUUGAUUGGGAAGGUGCUGUGGUAGGCGACUCGCGGCUGGCAUAUGAACGUGGAGAGCCCUGGAAUGCCUUGGGCAAGCUUGCAAGAGUUGUCAAGAUCCGAUGGCUCAUGGCUGUCGCAUCGGGCAGUCUGCAAGAUGCAGCCCUUCCUCGCUGCUGUGCGGAGGAGUUGGUGGAGGACUACGAAGAGCUUUCCGACUUCUUGGUGCGCAGCGGUUGGCUCAAAUUUUCCCUGCUGCCGUUCAAGCCGGUGCUGCUGCCUGUGGUGUUCAGAUAUGCUCGCGGCAUGUCCGUGGAGCACUGGAUGUACUCAGACAGGUAUGGACGGGACGAGGAAGGUGCUGGUGGUGGCAAAGGACUCACUAACUUCAUGGACAGCACCUUUCCCGAGUUCCAGCGUCACGAAGCCGCAGCGGACCUGAAGAAUUGGUGGACCUCGGACGAGCCACGGAUACUGGUGGUGGGCCCCUCCUCGAGCAGCAGGGCGGCGAAGGCCGUGGACUUCAUGCCGGUGCUGCGAUUGGCGCACGUUUGGGCGGAGUUCUUUAGUUUUGCAUCGGCCGAUGCCAAACUCGUUGCAGAGACCCUCGGCUCCGAGUACAAGCUUGAGCGGGGUCAGACAUGGGCGUUGAUGUUGCACAGCGGAGGUGACGUUAGCAGGACCCAGGUCCGAAAUGUGAGGGACAUGGCACCCCUCAUCCAGGACUUUAUCUCUGAGCAGAUCCCCCGACAAGCACCUGUCGCGACAGAGCGCAACUUUCAACAGCUCUGCGGCGACAGAGCGCUCAGUCAAAGCACGAGCAGAACGUACUGCUUGAUCCUGGUGGACAGGAAUGCGGAACAGACCGCCAAAGCCCUUCGAGAACUUGAGUCCUCGCAGAAGGCCUACUACCAGGAGGUGCAAGAGAUCCGAAACGCUGGGGAGGACGCUGAGGAGCCCUUCCGAAUCCAGCCAGUGCGCGUUGCCUCAAGUGGGUCGCGCUUUCCCUGGAGCCCCGCUGCGCCAGGGCCCAGCUUUCCUGCCGUUUGGGCGGAGGCCUCCAAGGCCUGGGCCUUUGUACUGGACAUGGAAACGCGCAAGUUCGCCGCCGUGAAGACACCGAGCCUGAAUGAGCUCUUCCAAGGCAUCGCUUACGAGGACUUGAAGCUCUCAGAGCUCAACGAGGAUGGGCCUCCUCUUUCACGGCUCUUCUCGGACCCAGAGACGACGCUGCGUCGGGAAGUGAGUGCUAUCCUCUCGACCAGCUUGGGUGCGUGCUUUGCAUACCUGCUGGUGGCCGUCGUCGUUUCGAUUUCUCCAGAGUUGGAGCUGCCUGCGCUGGCAGCGGGCUUGUCGGCCCUAGCCAGGGACUUGGAGCUUCCAGGCAAUGGUCGCAACGCUGGCGUCGCCAGUGCUGACUCGGAAGUGUGUUGGAAGGAGGGGCUGGAGGAGAUGAUGCAUUCCCCAGCAUGCCGGCAGGAGCCAGAACAGCGCAGUGCAAACUCGGCCUUUGUGCAUGCGUCGGAGAGAGCCCCAACGGCGCCAUUGCCCGGAGGCCCACCGCCCGGCGGCGGAGCACCUCCAGGCCUAGCAGGCCUCGCGGAUCCGAAAGCCCUCGGAUUUCCAGGGCCGCCAGGAGGUCUGCAGCUCCCGCCAGGUCUCCAACUCCCUCCAGGAGUGCCGGCUCCGCCAAAGGCUCCGGGCCUCCCGGGCGGCUCCGCUCUGCCGCCGCCACCUCCGGGGAUGGGCCUUGGGGGACUUCAGCUCCCACCUGGAAUCGGUCCACCACCCGCACUGCCGAAGCUGCCCUUUCCCGGCAUGCCGCCGCCCCCGAACUUGGAUUCUGAAUCCUUGGCGCAGAUGAGGUUCCAACAGGUGGCCUCCGAGUACGAGCAAAUCAAAAGUGCCGGGAUCGAUCCACAGGUGGCAGAGCUUGCGGAGUACCACGGGCUAGAUGAUCGUGCAACACGCGCCCUCGACGAAGAAAUGAAAAAGCGAAAAGAUUCGUUUGAAUCGGAUCUGCAAGCUCUUUGGGUUGGCUUGGAAGGAUCCAAAAACCCAUCAGGAAUGCUGAUGAUGAAGCUGAAAGACAUGCGAAUGGGGACUUUCAAGGGCAUGACGGCAUUGAACAAGAAGAUCCAAGACUUCGCCAAGAGAAAUCGCCUGGACGCACAGGCUGCUGUAAAGCUGGCGGAGGUGAUGGAAAACCGUGACGAUGUGGAUGGGGACCUGAUGAAACUUGCAAAGCAUCUCGAGCGCUCCAACAAGCCCUCCUCCCUGGUCAUGAUGAUGCUCCGGGACCUCCGCGAGGGGAAGCCCGUCAAGGACCCCGAGUACGCAGCUGCUAUUGGCAGCAAGGUGCACGAGCGAGAGCUCCGCCAGUCCAUGAAGGACCGACUGAAGUUGAGCACUUUGCAUACCUGUGUCCUUGUGGAUUUUCUUUCAGAUUUCAGCACUGCAGAUACAAUUCUGCUUUCACCACAUCUCUCGUUCGGCAAGGUAGAGAGAUGGGUCGUUGCCACCCCUGCACGAAAUGCUGUGCGAAUCCCUGCUGAAUCCACUGACCCUGCAACAACGGAGCCUGGCACUUGCCCGUGCUAUGUCGAGGUCCCCACACACACACACCUACCACCUCACUGCACCAUGUCUUCAAGCACCGCCCGAUCGAUUCUGUGCCCUCACUGCAUUGUCAGGAGCGGGAUCGAAGUCGAAGCCGUCAGAGGGGCGGAAGGGAUGAGGCACGAGGCGGCCGUCAUGACAGGCCGGAAAGCGUUCUGGGCAGCGCUUUCUCCUCCUCGCAGCUUCCGAAAGCUACGGCCUUCGAAAAUGCUCAGACUUCCUCGUUCCAGUUGCAGUCGCUCACUAACGAUGGGUGGCCGGUAUGGUGGGGAGAGAAAGAGCCCUGACCAGGGACAGACGUGA